AUGCUAUUUCUUGGGCGCGAUAAUGACAUCAUUGAGAUAUAUUAUUUGUCCCCUACGCCUGUGUUUUUAAAGUCUGUUCUCACCAUAUGCCUAAAGCGGUUUGAAGAACGUUCCAUUGUCAUAAAGGAGUACCACACUGUACAAGCUAAUAAGUGGCAGUUCCUAGCGACGCUAUUCAAGCGAGAUAUCGCCAGUUACGAUGGUCGCGAGAUAUUCCUACUGAGCGACGGCAGUUUGCGUCUAAAAUUCCAAUUUAUGGUGACUAAUGACAUAAAAGUGGACAGAUCCCACGUCCCAGAGGUUCAGUUAAGUAACGACUUCGAGAAUCUGCUCAAUAAUGGCUUGUUCUCUGACGUGAUUAUGAAAUCUGCUGAGAGCAUUGACUACAAAGUCCACAAGGCUGUGCUGGCGAGCAGAAGUGCUGUCCUAAAGGCUCAUUUUGAGCACAACACUACUGAGUGUUAUACUAAUAUAGUAGAAUCUCCUCUAGAGUCAGAAGUUCUCAGGGAAGUCUUGACGUUUAUUUACAGUGACAAGGCCCCUAGAGUGGAUGAAAUUCCAGAGAAACUGCUGGCUGCAGCUGAUUAUUACCAAUUGAGUCGUCUCAAGAGUCUUUGUGAAGAGGCUCUGCACAAGAAACUAACUGUGGAUAAUGCCAUUGAGACCCUGCAGUUAGCAGACUUGCACUCUGCUAAGACACUUAAAUUGCUAACGUUAGAAUUCAUUAAGGAUGGCCAAGCCAAAUUGAUCAUUAAAACUGAGGGCUGGGCCAAAGUAAAAUCUGUGGAAUUGAUUAAAAGGAUCUAUGAGUACAUUAUGGCAGAUGAUGUGGAUGCAGAUAUCAAGUGA